AUGUCCUACCCGAAGCAGCACGAUAACAACACAAACUCAAUCUACGCGUUGUUAUCGUGGCGAGGAUUACUUCUGACCGGGUCCGCGAACGGAGAGAUUAACGUCUGGGAUCCGUACACCGCGCAACUGGUGCAGAAACUACGCGGACACGAAGAAGCGGUAUCGUCUUUGUGCGCGUUUGAGGAUGAUUAUGUCGCCAGUGGAAGUUGGGAUGGGACGGUGCGAGUGUGGGAUACGAGUUUGGCGCAAGCGGUGGCGGUGUUGACUGGGCACAGGAAACCAAUAAGCUCACUCGUAUCGACUUUGAGCGGGAGUUUAUUAUGCUCUGGGAGUUGGGACGGGACCGUGCAGUGUUGGAACGUGCGGGCGGAUCGCAUACAAUUUACGCUGAACGCAAACGGCGGGAGCGCGGUGAAUUGCUUAACGUUUUUUCGGGACGAAAGUAUGCUCGUGGUCGGGUGCGGGGAUGGUGUUUUGAGGGUUUAUUCCACACAAAGUGGUCAAAAGAUGAACGAAUUGAGAGGAGGGCAUCACGAUACGGUUCGUGCGGUGGCGACGUUUACGAACGAUAACGAACACGUGUUUAGCGCAGGGAAGGACGGGAAGAUUUUCGCAUGGAACGUAGAUCGAGGAACGGCGACGAAUAUCGUUAGUUCUUCGGAUUUGCCGCCGACAUCCUUGGGUUUGGAUGGUGUCAAUGCAAAUAGCAAUAGUAAUAAUAAUAGCUACAUCGCGCACGAUGGAGGCUGUUGCGCGUUGCAAGAGUGCGGCGGAGGAAAAUUAGCCUCGGCCGGGUACGACGGAUCCGUGAAAAUAUGGGAUCCCGAUUCGCGCUUGUUCGUAGCGCAGUUGGAUGCUCACGUCGGCGAGAAAGUCUGGGCGUUAUCGUAUGAUGAGAGGAUGUUGCAGCUGUUCUCUUCCGGCGAUAAAAACAUUUUCGCCUGGGACGCAGCGACGGCGUUUGAGGUAGAGGAAGACAGUCGAGACGAGUCUGAAAUUGACGUCGAAGGGAGGAGUAUGUCGGUUGCGUCCCGAUCAGCAUCGAGAGCUGAUUUACCCAGAGUCAUGUCAAAUGUUUCGAAUAUGUCUGGUGGGUCAGCAAGCUUAGCGAAUUUGCACGUUCACCCAAACUUUGCGGCGAAUACGAGCGGUAAUAACUCGUUGCAAGGCUCGUACCAGAAUCUCUCGAAUUUAGGAAUAGGGCACUCCGCGUCUGCAUCAGCCAGUAGACGCGGGUCACUGACAGAUUUGAGUGGUAUAGUCGUUUCUGCGGAUGUCAGUGGGUAUAACUCGCAAUCUUCGCAACCGGGUUCGGCGACGAAAUCAGGGAGACGGAUGAAAAAAUCAGACGUUUUGAGAAUGGAGUUGGAAUCCGCAAACACGCAGUUAGAAUCGUACGCGAAAGCGUACGAGGAUCAAGUGCAAAGGUAUAAAGAUAGUGAAAUCACAAACGAAACCUUGCGCAAGCGCAUCACCGAACAGAUUGCAAAACUCGCAGACGCAGAGAAAAGCAAACAAGAAUUAGAGGCGCGACAGAGCGCGCUGCUUGAGGAGGGAAUGGCGCAGUUGCGAAGCGAGUUUGAACGAGAGAAAUCUCUAGCUUUAGAUGCAACGGAAAAGGAAUCGAAAGCACGGUUUGAAGUCACUAUUAGGGAAAGAGAAAAUGCCCUCGCGACACUCCGUGAGGAGUUGCUACAGUCCAACGCGAAGCUGGAAAAAGAACGACAGGAAACGUUUUCUCGACUCGAAGCGCUCGAAGGAGAGCGCUCAAAGAGUAAGCUCGAAGCAGAUUCUUUACGACAACUCAACGAACGCCUUUUGAAAGAGUACAAAAAAAGCACGACAGAAGAAGAAACGCAAACCAACGAAGAAGCACGCACGAUUAAAAAGCUCGAAAGCGAAAUCGAAAGUCUGAAACGCGACCGAGCGCAAUUUGAGAUAAACUCAAAAGCGGCGUACGAGCAAAUUUUCGCACGCAAUGAAGCGCUCGACGCGGAGGUUUCCCGAUUGACAGGUACCCUCGAGAAUGCGUCAAAGACCAUCGACGCGUUAAAAGUAGACGUCCAAACGGCGAGUUCGCAAACGAAUGCGACACGGAGCGAAUUGGAAGCCUCCUUUGCCGAACGUGAAAAGGUUUUGCGACUCGAGUUAGAAUCCAAAACGAGCGAACGUUUUGAAGCCAUCGCCUCCGAAAAAUCGACUUUGGAAGAAAAACUCGAGCUGCUCGAAGAUGCUUUAAAAGAUACGACUGAGAGCAUGCAAAAAGAGAUCGAAAAGGCAAAUGUUGAUCGAGAAUCGGAAACGAGCGCUUUGAAAGAAGCGCUUGGCGACGCGCUUCGGGCGAACGAAAUCGCGAACGUAGAAGUUGCCAAUGCUAUAGCGGCGCAUCACAACGCAGAAAUGAAGUUCGAGACGGAAACAAAAAAGAUGCAAGAACGCGAAGAGCGCAUGAAACAAGAUUUAGAAACGAAACCGGACCCCGCGGUUGUGGCAGUUGUCGAGGAGGAGAAUGCGGCGUUGCGUAAACUCGACGAGGAGCAAAAAGAUAAAAUUGCACAUUUGGAGGCCGAAUACCAACGCGCAAACGAACGAUUGCGUGAGGCUGAAGAAGACCGAAGAAAAGAACGACAAGGCUUGGAAUCUAUCGCGCGCGACCUUGAGAAGAAACUCGAAGAGACGCGAGAAAAGAGGAAAGAAGAGAUGAAAGAGAGUCAAGCGGCUCUUCGCGAGUCCAAAGAUCGAUUGCAGAAAGCCGACAACGACGCGCACAUGUUACGUUCGGAUCUCGAAACCGCUCAAAAACGCCUCGAAGAUGCCAUUCAAAACGUAGAUUCGACGGAAACUUCCCUGGAAUCGAAAUAUCGACAGGAGAUUGAGAAACUCGAGCUUCAAGCGAAGACGCUCCAGCGAGAACUCCUCGAUUCGAAAAAUGAAACCGAGAACGCCUUGGAAUCUGCCAGUCGAGCCAAAACACAGCUCACGGAUGCUAAGGAAAAAUUUGCAAAAGCAGUUUCCAAAGGGAAAGGAUUCCAAGACCAAGUUUCAAUGCUCCGAGAGACGCUCGAAGAGGUGGAAGUUCGAAGCCGAGAGGCGGAGCGCGAAAAACGCAAUGCCGAGGCGGAGAGAGAACGAAUGUUGCGAGAUUUCGAAGACGCAGAGUCGAGAGAAGUGCGCGUGAAAGAUGCGUUGAACCACGAAAAAAAGCGCACGGCGAGUUUGAAAGACGAACUUCGAGAAGCGACAGAAAAGCUCGUCGAGUUUGAAACGUUGCUCGAAGAAGAGACCAAAAAGCUCGGCGAAGUCGAAGCGAAAGUGAAAGCGGAAGAAUUUGCGAUGGAGCGUGAGCGUGCAAAUGCGAAAGACGCGAAGCGCGAGUGCGACGAGAUGAAAAUUGCCUUGAAAGUGGCCGAAAAAACUGUCGAGGAGAUUACAACUGAGCGAGACGAAGUAAAUGUGCGAUUGAAAGAAACGGAAGUAUUACUGGUUGAAUCUGAGAAGCACGUGGAAGACGCCGAGACGAGGGUGCAAGAGGCGAAGCAAAGUCUCACGCAGCUCAAAGCGAGUUUAGAUUUUGCAAAUUCGAGAUCGAAAGAGCUCGAAGCGAAGCUCGUCGAAGCAGAAGAACAGGAUUCACCGACGCGUUUAUCGACGGCGGAUUCCGCGAGAGAGGAAUCUUUGAAUCGAACAGACGCUUUGGAGAUGGAGUUGGGCACAUCCAAACGUGAUUUAGCAGACGCGAACGAAAAACUCAAAGACUCGCUCGAGAGAGUCGUUCGGCUCGAAACGGAAGCAAAACGAAGAAACGAGGAAUACGUCGCAGCGUCGAAUGAGGUUGAACGCUUGGAGUCAGCUGUGAAUGAAGCCGAGAUGAAGAUCUCGAAAUUAAAAACUGAAAUCGAAACGUCGAGUAAGCAGCAACAACAACAACCUGCCUCAACUGCUGCAGUUCCGUACGAUAAUAGCAUCGACGCGCAAACUGAGGACGAGAAAGAUGCCGAAAGUCGCCGAGUGCGUUGGCUCGAGCAACAACGUCUCCAAGCUGCAGAAUCGCGAGCUCAAAAUCUUGAAAUCGAGUUGCAGCAACUUCGCUCCGAGGCAGAAGCCGCUCGAGUUGCCGCAUCGGAAGCGUGGGCGGUUGCAUCCCAAGCGGGUGUUUCCCGACAGCCUGAUACCGGUGGUGGACCUGAGUCGAUAGCACCGUCGUCGCCCGGUGGACGCUCGAGUUUCCACCCGAUGGCUUCGCGGAGCGAGUAUCAGUUUGGUGGUGGUGGUAGGCAACACCAAGCAAAUAACCUUGCCUCGGCGCUCGAAAAACAGAGGUACGAGAUGAAAAUUGAUGCAUUGAAAGUUGACGUGGAACGGUUACGUCGCGACCGCGACCGCGCGCGUCGUGAACUCGAGCGUGGUAAAGCCGCCGCGAAAAAUGCCGUCGCGCAAGUUGUCGAAAGACUACGCGUAGAAGUACACUCGCGUGCGAUUGCAGAGAGAGAAAGAGACGUGUUACAGUCCGAUUUAAAACGCACAAUGCGUCAAGCGAACGACAGACUAGAGCAAAAGACGAGAGAAGCAGCGCGGGCGCACGAAGAAUUCUUGGACGCCAAGCGGAAACUCGAAAAGUUGAAGCACGAAAAAUCACUCGUCUCUCGCGCGGUGGAAGAAUUGCACCACAAUCAAGACGCUGCUGCUGCUACUGCUGCGAAUACAGUCACAAACCCAACCUCACCUCGUCCACCGCCUGGAACGAAAGCGGCAACGGCCUACGCCGCGAAUCAUCAACAACACGCUCCUUCUUCUUCUCAGACGAGCGUUUUCGUAGUCACGAGCGAACACGUCAAAAUUCUCGUUGGAAUGAUUCUCACGAUGCUCUUCACCGUGAAGUUUUUGAACAACGGGAAUGUAAAUGGCGCCGCGGAACUUUAA